CCGGGGCUGGGAUCGGAUCGGGACCGGGACCGGGACCAGGCCGGGAUCGGAUCGGGACCGGGAUCGGGAUCGGAUCAGGAUCGGAGCCGGGACCGGGAUCAGGCCGGGAUCGGGAUCGGGGCCGGGAUCCAGGUGCGCCCCGCCAUGUUCCGCAUCGAGGGGCUGGGGCCCAAGAUGGACCCGGAGGAGCUGCGCCGCAAGAUGCGCCGCGACGUGCUGGCCUCCGUGCGCAACUUCCUCAUCUACGUGGCGCUGCUGCGGAUCACCCCGUUCGUGCUGAAGAAGCUGGACAGCAUCUGAGCCCCGCCAUGCCGGGGACGCGCUGCCGCCCGCGCCCCGCGCCCAGCUCGCGGCGGAGCCGCUGAAAUAAAGGGAGAGCAGCCGUG